UACAAGAGCCGUCAUCGUCAUUAUUAUUUUCGACAGCCGAUGGAUCGUCGUCAUCAACAGCAGGACCAUCGGCUUCUUUGUCUUUGCCGUCGUGCCCGUACGACACCUCUAUGCCCGGCACGAGCAAGGACACCCUCACUGUACCCUGGUCUCCCAUGCCCGUCCACAAGAGGAUAAACGCCGUGCCGGUGACGCCGGAUCACCUCAUGGUCGACCUAGCCAUCAAAAAGCCCCACAUCACAAAGUCCCAGAUGAGAGAGUUGCGGGAGGCCUUCCGGCUCUUCGACAAGGACGGAGACGGGGCCAUCACGAAGGACGAGCUGGGCAGCGUGAUGCGCUCCCUGGGACAGUUCGCCCGAGCCGAGGAGCUCCGAGAGAUGCUCGAGGAGAUAGACACCGAUGGCGAUGGUAACGUCAGCUUCGAGGAGUUUGUCGAAAUCGCGAGCAACAUGGGUGCCAGCGCGAGCUCGUCCUCGACGGACCAGAAUCAGGAGGAACAGGAGCUCCGCGACGCUUUUAGGGUGUUCGACAAACGCAACCGCGGCUACAUCACCGCUUCGGAUCUGCGAGCUGUGCUGCAGUGUCUGGGCGAGGAUCUCUCCGAGGACGAAAUCGAGGACAUGAUCAAGGAAGUGGACGUGGACGGGGACGGCCGAAUCGAUUUCUAUGAAUUCGUCCGCGCACUGGGCGAGCCGGGGAUCGACGACGACGACGACGACGUCGAGGAGUACGAGGAAUACGUGACGGACGAACAGGAGGAAAAGAAGACGGUGGUCCACGAGACACCGAAUCCAGCAGUCAAGAGCUCCGAGGAGCAAGAGGAUGUGGAGGAUCAGAUGCAGAGGCUAGUGACCAACUAUAGCGAGGAGGAGGUGGAGGAGGCUCGGGCUGUGCAUCUGUCGUCGACGCCGCCUUGAACGGCUGGGGUGUACCAAUAAACGUCGAAAAACAAGAGUAUCGCUAGCCGCGCGCGUCAUUUUAUGUCUCUUGCGGUGUGCUCCGGUUUGCGGAUCGGCCCUCGAUCGGUGCAGUUUUCAAAGAGUACACGCGCUUGAUUUUACAUGCCGUCUCGUCCAAAAGGAGUCCUUUCCCGCGAGUAUGAACAAAAAAAAAAAAUUGUUCGAGUGGCUCCGUUUGAUGGCCGCACGGGAGACUCGUUUUAUUGCGCGAU